UUAUCUUCUUCUUUAUCUCACAAUGGUAUUAAGCUUGAUGUUGAAGUUUUUAGGAUCUAAAUCAUCUACUUUUCAUAUGAUAAUUCUGUGAAAAAUAUCAAAAAGUUUCUAAGUUUUGUCAUGAUAUUCUGCCAUUUAUUUUCUACUUCUGAUGGAUCACUAUUUGAAGGCUGAAUUGUAGUUCAUUAUCUUGCUGCUUGAUGUAUAUGGAUUAGUUGUAAGAAUUGCUUGUGUCCAGUGGCAAUUUCAAAUAUUGUAUAGCAGGAUUAGCACUAAAUAUAAAUUCAAGUGCACAGUCACUGUAAAUAAAAUGAAAAAUCUACGCCACUCCAAAAGAAAAGGUUGCUUCUGUGCUGCUUUAAAAUGUCUGAAUCCCAUGCUGAACAAUUUAACCAGAUCAGAAUAACAAGUCUGCUAAUCUAGAAAUAAUAAUGCCUCUGCUAGUGACAGGUUGUUAAUUUUAUUAUUUCCACUGGAUCCCAUGCUAAACAAUGUAACCCGAUCAGAAGAACAAGUCUGCUAAUCUAAUCUGCGAGUGACAGGUUUAGUAUUAUAUCCGGAUCUGAAUUUGACCAACCUUUCAGCCUUUCCAUUGUCUGGUCCGAAGAUAGAAAAUAAGAAAGCAUGCUGGCCCUACUAUUGCUGCUGAUAAGCAGCCAGAAGCCCAGAAACGACAUCCCCGUUGAUCAUAGACAAAAGAAGUAUUGAACUUCCGGUACUUUUUCAGCGUUGUCAUCCUAAUUUGAUUCCUGCAGAUCCAAGAUCUGGUGUUUAGCCUUGCUCCAAGUAAAGCCAUAGCCUCCAAACAGAUGGUGCAUAUGAAUCAAGGACAAGGGGAAACAAGCUAUGCACACAACUCCAGUAUCCAGAACGCUCAGCAGAACAGGAUGAAGCCCCUGAUAGAAGCGGCCAUCAUUGACUUGUGCGGCAGCAAAAGCACCUUGUUCCCCGAAAAGAUGCUGAUUGCGGACUUGGGCUGCUCUUAUGGCCCAAAUGCGCUAGCACUGGUAUCGACUGCCGUCAAGGCCAUCAUCAACCACUGCCUUCAGUUCCAGCAACCACCACCCGAAGUGUGUGUGCUCCUCAAUGACCUUCCUGACAAUGACUUCAACACGGCGGUGAAGAGCCUGGCCACGCUCCGUCAAAAUAACAACAAGCUUGUUGUUGUGACUGGUGUAGCACCGGGGUCAUUUUACGAGAGGCUCUUCACUAGUGACUCCUUGCAUCUUGUCUGCUCGUCCAACAGCUUGCAUUGGCUCUCCAUGGCUCCCGAAGAUCUGACAAUGAACCAGAUCCCUGCGUACGAGAUGGAUGAGCAUGCUAGGCGUGAAAGACUCCCUACGGUCCGUGAAGCAUAUGCACGCCAGUUCAGGAAAGAUUUCAUACUUUUCCUGGAGCUGAGAGCCAAAGAAUUGGUUCCAGGAGGCCGAAUGGUUGUUUCUCUUGUAGGGUGGCCUUCUAAUGUAAAAGCCUCCAAAUUCUUUCACCUUUGGGAAACUCUAGUUCAGAUUCUAAGUGUCAUGGCCUUAGAGGGUGUGAUCGACAAAGCGAAGUUUGAUUCUUUCUAUGUGCCGGUGUAUGGACCCUCUGGUGAAGAGCUGAGGGAGAUCAUCCAAGACGAGGGCUCCUUUUCUAUCAGGGAUAUGCGGGUAUAUGACGCUACAACUGAUAUGGACAGCAUGCUCUUCACCCCAAGCUCGUUUGUGAAUUAUCUGAGAGCCAUAUUUGAGCCGAUAAUAGUCGAGCAUUUUGGAGAGGUCAUGGAUGAAUUUGUGAGGACCGCGGAGCGGCGCUGGAGCCUCGAGGGCAGCAUGCAAAACGAGCGUGCUAGGAAUCCAUGAGCUAUGCUGGCUGUAUCCCUUGUAAAGGCAUGAUUAUCAGGUACUUUAUAGUACAUCACAUUUGGUUAGGUUUAUUGCUUUAUUUGAGGUGACAAUGUGUGCCAACUUCAUUGUGUAAACUACAUCCUGUAUGGUGUUCUGUGAAGAUAUCGACGCUCAAGAGAUUAAGAAUGAACUAUCAUUUAUAUAGAUUA